UAAUGAAGCUACAUUUCAAAUUUGAGUCAACAUACUCUAAGAAACCCCUUCGCUAGUUUGCUAAAGCUAGCCGUCGGCAACCCAAUAACCACUGAUCGCUCCCUCGUCGUGGGUAAUGUUCUCCACUCCCCAUUCACUCAUCUCAUAUCUCCGCCGCAUCAAAUCUCCUCACCCCUCUUUCCUAUCCCAGGAAAUCAUCGUUCAGUUCAGACCCAUUUCGAGUUUGAAGGUAGUUUGGCGCAAAGAUUACAGAUUGGACGAAGCCAUCGAGAACGACAAGCGGUACAAGCUAUGCGCGCGCGUUGUAAGAGAAGUUCUCAACGAACCAGGGCAGGUAAUUCCUCUUCGAUAUCUUGAAAAACGGCGAGAGAGAUUGCGCCUCAAUGUGUCAGUCAAGGCGUUUUUGGGUUUCAAUCCAGGUUUGUUGGAUACUUAUUAUGAUAGAAUCAAACCUAAAUCUGAACCCGUUUUGUUCUUACGCGCGAGUGAUCGACUUAGGGGGUUUCUUGAAGAAGAGAAGAGGAUUAUGAUGGAAAAUGAAGAGUUGAUCGUUUCGAAAUUGUGUAAGUUAUUGAUGAUGUCGAAGGAUAAAAUGCUUAGUGUUGAUAAAUUACUGCAUGUUAAGAGGGAUUUCGGGUUUCCGAACGAUUUUUUAGUCAAUUUAGUGCCGAAAUACCCUGAAUAUUUUCAGAUUGUUGGGAGUCCGGGAGAGGGAAAAUCGUUUCUCCAAUUGGUUACUCGAAACCCUGAUUUUGCUAAAUCAGUGAUUGAGAGAAGAGCUGAGGAUGAAUCCAGAUCGACUGGCAUUCGUAUGCGGCCUAAUUUCGACUACAAGCUUCCUCCUGGAUUCAUUUUGAGAAAGGAAAUGAGAGAAUGGGUUAGAGAUUGGUUAGAAUUAGAUUACAUAUCGCCAUACGAGGAUGUGUCCUAUUUGGAACAAUCUUCACCGGAGAUGGAGAAGAGAACAGUAGGAGUUUUUCACGAGUUGCUGUCACUUUCAUUGCUCAAGAGGAUUCCAGUACCAAUAUUGGGGAAAUUUGGUGAUGAGUACAGGUUUUCAAAUGCAUUUUCCAGUGUGUUCACAAGGCAUUCUGGGAUAUUCUAUUUGUCUUUGAAAGGUGGGAUUGAAACUGCGAUGCUUCGAGAGGCAUAUCAAGGUGACCAGUUGAUUGAUUGUGACCCAUUGCUUGAAAUAAAAAAUAAGUUCGUGGAGUUGUUGGAACAAGGAUGGAGGGAAAGAGCUGAGCAGCGAAGGGAACAGGCAAAUGAGCGCAGGAAGGACAUGGAAUUCAUGGGUGCAAGGGCUGUUCACUUGAAGGACUGAGUUUUGCGAUGAGGAUGACUGACCGUGCCGGAUUAAGGUUGUAGAUUCAACCUUUAUGAUUUUGACCAUUUUCAUAGCUCUGUGGAAGUUCAACUCAACCAAAGUCAUGCUUCCCCAACUCAACCAAAGUCGAGGAAAUUUUGGAUUAUUAUUAUUUUCGAAUUAGAAUAAUUUGAGGUAAAACAGAAGAGCUGUACUAGUUUGGAUGAAAGCAUAGCAAUAGAGAUAGGAUGUUCCUUUUAAAUCUUUGUUUUUCUUUUCCUAAAAAGAAAAAACCUGUUGUUUCUCUGACCAAAAUGUCCCCCAAAAUAAAGCUCUGGUGAAGUAAAAUUACAAAGUUAUGACACGAACCAUCUAAGUAUGCCUUUCAGAGCCGAGGAGAACUUUGGUUUUGGGAAAAUUAGUAUACCAACUGUAAUAGGUAUUUAGUGGCAAAUCAACAGCUGAUGUAGGUGCUCUUGAAUUUCUUUCUCUGCCAAACUAAACCCCUUCAUUAUAUUUUAUAUGGAUACAUUUAUGAAAGUUAAGGGUUUAAAUUGAGUUUUUUUUCAUAAGAAAUGAUGCCCCAAAAAAAGCAAUUUCAUGAGAAUGCUGUAAUUACAAAAUAAUUUUGUGUAAUUUGUUAACCACCAAGAGGCCGUAUGCUGAACAAGAGUCCAAAAAGAAUCAAAAGAACUAAACUUAUUUGCAAAUACCCCGCUAUUCCUUUCAUUCCAGAGCUGCCACAAAAGAGCAUGAGUGGCAAAACUCCACAAAUUUUUUCCUUUUCCAUGAAAGUUGCCACCAUUCAAUCCGUCCAUUAGGAUUUAAAUCUAUACAACUAUGAGUUUGGGGUUUAAAUUGGUACAACCCCCAAAGUUUAGGGUUUAAACUGAUGCAAUUAUUAGUUCAAGGUCUAAAUUGAUAUAAUCCCAUAGCUUAAGAGUAUAAGUGGAACUAUCAUGGAUUGACUUAGUGGUCAAUAAAGGUCAUAAGUUUAAUAAAGGAUUUUAGUGUAACAUCCUGAGUUUCAGAGGGGAUAUGAAUGAACCGAGAUCACAUCUAAAUGAGAGGGAUCCAGAGGAUAUCAAAGUAUGAUUAAGAAAAGACUUAGAAGAAUUCAAAUAAAAAAAUAGUGACUUCUAAGAAUUGAUAGUUACUACCCAUAGAAACAAGGUGUCCCUUUUUGGUGGCUCGACAUAGGAAUUCCAAAGUUAAACAAACAUGCUUAGCUUGGAGCAAUCCUAUAUUAGGUGACCUCCUUAAAAUUUUUCUAGGAUGCAUGUGAAUGAGAACAAAACAUCUUAAAAAGACAUAUAUUGGUUUCCGGAUAUAGUAGUCUUCACUCUUAGAAGUAGUUCAAGACAAGCAAGGAUGGUGUUACCAAGUUGCUACGGGUUUAGAGGAAUAUCGGGGCCAUCAAGUGUCGAAUCUAGACUUCGAAUCUUGCACCUAGGACUUUACAUAGAGGAAAUAGGUUUAAUACACAAUGGCCACCUACCUAGGAUUUAAUAUCCUACGAGUUCCCUUGGCAUUCACGGUGGCCACAACAAGUUCACACAAUUACUAGGUAAACGAAGAACAAAAUGAAGGACAAGUACAAAGGAAACAAUAACCUUAAGCUAUUUGAGGGAGCCUAUUUCUCUGCUUUGGUGUUGCUACUCACUCCAAAAACAAUCUCACCUUCCUUCUUCAGCAAAACCCUUCUUAGACCUCUCGAUUCUCAUCCUCACCAAUACUAUGCUCCUCAACUUGAUGCUCCACUAACGGUUCCCUGUGAAUGUGUUUUCUUACCCCUUCUUGGAUAUUGGUACCUAAUUGUUGCCUGUUGGUCUCGUGUUCUAGCAGUGGAAUGUUCAAAAAAUUAGCCUUCAAGCAAGUAAGCAGCAGAUGACCUUGCAUUACCCAGGUUAAAAAUUGAAAUUCGUUAUCCUUAUUUCACUUGUCAAACCCCUGUUACUCACCUCGUACCCAGCAUUAGACAUGUAUUAUCAUUCAAACUACAUUUAGAAAUGGCUUCUCUGUUUUACGCAAAAUUACUUCAAUGGUUCCCAAAUUCAUGAAGCUGAAAUGCCUAUGGAAAUCAGGUUGAAUCUUGCAGCACCUUAACCAUUCAUCAUGGAAGGUGGUGUAGACCAUUGUAUCUAUGUUUGGGCCUGUAUACAUAGUUUUGUGAAUGAUAGAUUCAGAAUGAUCUCAUCAUGCCUAUUAUUUAUGACAUAAUUGACAAUAUGUGAAGUACUCAAUCUAUCGGUAGGGUUUAGUCUACCAAAUAAUAUCCAUCUUUGGAAUGACCUUUUCACAUCCUUUGCAUGUUGUAUAUCCUUCUUGAUGAGCUGAACACUUCAGGUGAACUUUGCAUCAUUGUAUUCAAAAUAAUCUAGUGCUGUUCCUGUUACGCAUGUUGCAAGGGGGAAAAGGGUUGAAGUUUUCACUGGAUGGAAAAUCUUUUCAUCUUGAGUUCUAAGAAGAAAAUUUCUUAAAUUAUAUCUCCAACCACGUAAGAUAGAGACAUAUUUUGAAGCAUUAAAAUAAAUUUCUUUGAGAGUUCAUUUUUCUUAUUUCAUAUA